UAUUCUCCUCUUAGGCUCUUCCACCGAAACUGAAAAUAGUUUACGUUGAAAGUAGAAAGAACAUAUAAUCAAUUCAUAUAUAUUUUUGUAGGGUUGAGUUUCGUUCUGUUUGCUUAAUCCGUUUUUGAGAAUUUCGGCGGCCAGAAUGGAAGGAGCGAGCAAUGGAGGGAUGUUGUACCACGAGGUACAGGAGUCGAAGCUGUGCGCGGUGCAUUGCGUCAACACGGUGUUGCAGGGCCCUUUCUUCUCGGAGUUCGAUUUGGCGGCGCUUGCCUCCGAUCUUGAUCGGAAGGAGCGCCAGGUGAUGCUCGAAGGCGGAGGUGCCGUUUCCUCCGCCGGAGAUUUCAACUCCCAGGAGUCCCACAAUGUCUCCUUGGACGGCGAUUUCAGUAUACAGGUUUUACAGAAGGCUUUGGAGGUGUGGGAUUUGCAGGUUAUUGCUCUGGACAGUCCUGUUGCCAAGCCUGUCCAGAUUGACCCUGAGAUGGAAAAUGCAUUCAUCUGUUAUUUACAUGACCAUUGGUUUUGUAUCAGGACAGUCGAUGGAGAGUGGUAUAAUUUUGACAGUUUGUAUGCUGCUCCUCAGCAUCUGUCGAGGUUUUACCUCUCAGCAUACCUUGAUUCUUUGAAAGGUGGUGGCUGGAGCAUUUUCCUGGCGAGGGGAAAUUUCCCAAAAGAGUUUUCAAUCUCAUCUUCUGAAGCUUCUAAUGGUUAUGGACAGUGGCUUUCUCCUGAAGAUGCGGAGAGAAUUACUAAAUCCUCCAACGCAACACAGGCUUCCCAAGCAACAAAUCUGGCUCGAGAAUCUUCCAAUCCAGAUUCUAUGGAGGAUGCAGAAAUGCUUUCAGAAAUGGAAGAAGAGGACUUGAAAGCAGCAAUAGCUGCUAGUCUGAUGGAUUCUUCCUCUACAAUGGCCAGUGCUGAAUCUAACACACUGCAAAAUGAAGAUCAGGCUGCCAAAGAAGAUAAUGUUCAAUCCCAAUAGUGGUUUUUUUUUUUUUUUUGAAAUACUGGUAGU